UUCUGCAUCCCUAAGAUGAAGAAACUCUUCAUAUUCCUACUGUUUACUGUGUUGCUUUCUGAAAAGUAUGCAAAUACUCAGGUGUAUGCAGUUGACAAUGUAUUAAAGACUAAGGAAAUAAUCCCUUCUGAAGUAUCUUCAUAUCUGCCAAAGUUGAAGCUGGCUUGCGAAAAUGUGAUUAGUCAAGGUGCUAUUGCCACUUGUCCAUCAGAUUUUAUACCCACUUCCUGUGCCUGUGGAAUGGGUUGUGGAUCUUGGGAUGUUCGUCAAAACUCAGUUUGUCACUGCCAAUGUGCCCGUAUUGACUGGACUUCAGCUCGGUGCUGCAAAAUCUCUCUUACCUGAUGUUGCUUUGAUGGCAGGUUGGCUCCAGUUUCUGUGCUCAAUAAAAGUAUGAAUCAAUAAUUCUA